GCCUGCGCUGCCAGCCCGCCGUGCCCGGCCUCUGCCCCACCAUGAGCACCACUGUCCGGCAGUUCUCCUCCUCCACCUCCCUCAAGAGCCUGGGGGGCGGCUCCAGCAGGCUGUCCUGCGGCCGGGCGGCGGGCUACCGGGCCCCCAGCGUCCACGGCGGCUCCAGCAGCUACUCCAUCUCCUCCCGCAUCGUCUCGGGGCUCGGCGCCGGCUAUGGGGGCGGCUACUGCGGCAGCGUUGGAGGGGGCCUCGGCGGGGGCUUCGGGGCCGGCUAUGGGGCCAGCUAUGGGGCCGGCUUCGGGAGCGGCUUCGGGGCCGGCUUUGGAGGCGGCUUCGGGGGCGGCGAUGGCAUCCUCCCGGCCGGCGAGAAGGAGACGAUGCAGAACCUCAACGACCGCCUGGCCGUCUACCUGGACAAGGUGCGCGCCCUGGAGGAGGCCAACACCGACCUGGAGGUGAAGAUCAGGGAGUGGUACAAGAAGCAGGGGCCCGGCCCCGAGCGCGACUACAGCCCCUACUACCGGACCAUCGAGGAGCUGCGCAGCAAGAUUCUUGCUGCAACUGUUGAGAAUGCCAACAUUGUCCUGCAGAUUGACAAUGCCAGGCUGGCAGCCGAUGACUUCAGGACCAAGUUUGAGACGGAGCAGGCCCUGCGCAUGAGCGUGGAGGCCGACAUCAACGGGCUGCGCAGGGUGCUGGAUGAGCUGACCCUGUCCAGGGCCGACCUGGAGAUGCAGAUCGAGAACCUGAAGGAGGAGCUGGCCUACCUGAAGAAGAACCACGAGGAGGAAAUGAACGCGCUGCGCGGACAGGUGGGAGGAGAGAUCAGCGUGGAGAUGGACGCGGCUCCCGGCAUCGACCUCACCAAGAUCCUGGCCGAGAUGCGGGAGCAGUACGAGAGCCUGGCAGAGAAGAACCGCAGGGACGCCGAGCAGUGGUUCUUCAGCAAGACGGAGGAGCUGAACCGCGAGGUGGCCAUCAACACGGAGCAGCUGCAGAGCGGCAAGACGGAGAUCACGGAGCUGCGCCGCACCAUCCAGAGCCUGGAGAUCGACCUGCAGUCCCAGCUCAGCACGAAAGCAGCACUGGAGGGCACCCUGGCCGACACCGAGGCGCGCUACGGCACCCAGCUGGCCCAGCUGCAGGCGCUGAUCACCAGCGUGGAGGAGCAGCUGGCCGAGCUGCGCUGUGACAUGGAGCGCCAGAACCACGAGUACCGGGUGCUGCUGGACGUCAAGAGCCGCCUGGAGCAGGAGAUCGCCACGUACCGCCGGCUGCUGGAGGGCGAGGACGCCCAGUGCGUGGG